GACAGCGGCGGCAGCUGGAGGCCGGGAGGUGGACGAGGGGUUCACGCGGCGGGAAGACCCCGGUCUUUGAGGACCAGGGUGGGCGCGCUCUGUGAGUCAGGGGCGGGGGCCCCGGCAAGGAGGGGCCUGGUGCCUCUUGGGGGGCGCUCACCCCACCUGGGCUCAGCCUGGGGCAGCUCCAGGGAGACCUGAGCUGGAGGAAGGGGCCGCGCCUGGGCUUUGUGCCCCCACGGACGCACACACCUGCUCCCCGCACGCCCCAUGAAGAAUUUGGCAAAGUUUGGCAGUCGGAAGAGGCUCUGUCCUAAGGGCCCUAGACUUUAAGUCUUAGCAAUAAUUUUUCAGAUGGCGGAACUGAACAUUGAGAGGUCUGCUUCUUACUCGCUGUAUGAUCUUGAAUAAGUCACUUCACCUCUCAGAGCUUCAGACUCUUAAGUUUGCUGUAAGGAAUAAACGAGAGAAUAUGUUAGGCUUUUUAACAUUCUAGACUGCUACCAUUUCUCAAGCACUCUGUGCUGCAACUCGAGCAUUUUACAUACGUCAUUUCAUCUAAUCUUCACAACACCCCCAGAAUUUAGGGUUAUCAUUUUAACUUUGCCUGUGAGCAGAUUUAGACUCCGAGGGGUAAAGUGACUUGCCCAAGGUCACAGAGCAACUGAGUGGUGGAACUGGGAUUCAGUGCCAGGAGAGACUGACUGGAAAGCCAAUACUUAACCGCUAAGAGACAUCUCCAAAGAGAAGAAUGUCAGAUGCAGAGGAAAACCCACUGGAAGAGACAGAAGAAUAUGGAGAAAUAGAAAUGGAAGAAGGAGAAGAUGAAGACGAAGAAGAAAAAUAUCCAAAUGAUGAAGGGCUAGAAAAUAUGCAACAGGAAUUAAAAGAAGAUAACACAUUAGCAUGGAGAGGGUCUCAGGAGGAGGGGGAAGAGGAGGGGGAGGAAGGGGAGGAGGAAGAGGAAGAAGGGGAAGGGGAGAAGAGAGUGGGGGAGCAAGAGGAGGAAGAGGAAAGGGAGGGAGAGGAAGAGGGGGAAGAAUUUGGGAAGGAGGAGGAGGCUGUCAGAGAAGAAGUGGAGGAGGAGGUUGCAGGAGCACAGGAAGAAACCACAGUGAAGCCCCAAGAAAUCACCAAGUCCAUGAUCAGUUUGGAGAGACUUACACCAACUGAUUCCCAAUCAGUCUUGUCAGGAACACUCCCAAAAACCUAUAGUGGUAGAGAGUCAAAGCAUUCAUUACAAUCAGAGCUUUUGGAAACACUCGAACUUUCAAGAAGCAUGGUCUCACAAUUAGAGUUUCUUGAUUUGGAUCUAACCACUUCUGCGGAACAACAGCUUAGUUCCCCUGAAAAGCAGCCUUCAGGCGACCUUGCAGAGAGAACCGACCAGAGGCCCCAAGAUGAAUUGGGACAAGAAAGGAGAGACUUGGAACCAGAAAGGGGAGACUUGGAGCCAGAAAAGAGAGAAGGGAGAAAAGAAAAAAGAGUAUUAUAUGUAAAUGAGAAGAAAGAAAAAGAAUUCCAGCCCAAAGCAAGGAUCCCUAAGGUGUCACUGGUCUCCACUGCCACCGAGGACAUUUUGUUCCAAAAGGAUGACAGUGCCAACGUGUAUCCCUUGACCAUGACCUGGUCGUUCGGAUGGAACAGUUCCCUUCCUGUUUACUACAUUCAAGACGAAAACCAGAGAGUUCUUCUGUAUGCCAGUGCUCACACUGCGGUCAUCUACAAUGUCUUCAAGAAUAACCAGCACCAUCUUCAGGGCCACCCCAACGUCAUCUCCUGCCUCUGCAUCAGCGAAGACAGGCGCUGGGUCGCCACGGCUGACAAAGGGCCCGACUGCCUGAUAAUCAUAUGGGACUGCUUCUCGGGCAUUCCUGUGCACACGAUAUUCGACAGCUGCCCAGAAGGUGACGGCAUCAGGGCCAUGGCCAUCACCCGCGACGCCAAGUACCUGGCGACCAUCUCAGACACUGAGAUCCAGAAAGUUUGCAUCUGGAGGUGGACUUUAGCAGUGGAAACACCGGCCUGCACUCUUAACCUUCCCAAAGAGUAUGGUUUUCAGAGCUACCUUACUUUUAAUCCAACAAAUAAUAAAGAAUUGGUGAGCAAUAGUAAAACACAAGCAAUAUAUUAUAUGUGGUAUGAAGAGGGAGAUAUACUUGUUCACAGUGCCCCACUUUUAACAGAAAAAACAUUCAACAAGCUCGUGGGAAAAUUUAGCCAGUCAAUCUUUCAUCUGAAUUUAACCCAAAUACUGUCGGCGACACUGGAAGGGAAGCUGGUUGUCUGGGACAUUUACCGCCCACCGCCAUCUGCCUCCACCUCUUCGGGCUUUCCCCACAUCACACCUUGUAAACUGGUUCAUUUGCAGAAGGAGGGUAUCACUGUGCUUACUACAGUUGACAGCUAUAUUGUCACAGGUGACAUUCAGGGUAACAUCAAGUUCUACGAUCACAGCCUGUCCAUUGUGAACUGGUACAGCCACUUCAAACUGAGCUCCAUAAGAAGCCUGUCCUUCUCAAAGACCCCGGCAACUCCUCCGAUCGAAAAUACAAACUAUCCUCCAGACUGCACUUUAAAAGGUGACCUUUUUAUUGUAAGGAAUUUUAUCAUUGGAACGUCGGAUGCGUCAGUGUACCACUUAACAGCAGAUGGGACCAAACUUGAGAAGUUAUUUGUAGAGCCCAAGGAUGCCAUUUGUGCCAUCUCCUGCCACCCGUACCAACCCCUCAUUGCCAUCGGGAGUUUCUGUGGGAUGAUCAAAGUGUGGGAUUAUGAACAGAAAAAAUACCUCUUCAGCAGGAUCUUUGAGAAGGGGCUUGGAGUCCAGAGUCUGACCUACAACCCCGAAGGAGCUCUCCUCGGAGCUGGCUUCACAGAAGGGACUGUUUACAUUCUUGAUGCAAUGUCCUUAGAAAGUGAAAUCCCAGAGCCUUUCAAAUAUUCCAGAACCAGUGUGACUCACGUCAGCUUCUCCCAUGACUCCCAGUAUAUGGCGACCGCUGAUGUAAGUUUCACCGUGGCUGUUUACGUGGUGAGAGUCAAAAAUGGACGAAGGGUCUGGGAGUAUUUGGCAAGACUUCGUUCUCAUCGCAAGAGCAUUCGAAGUGUCCUGUUCGGGGUUCAUCUGGACAGCAAUGAGCCGAGACUGCUGAGCCUCGGGAGAGACAGACUCUUGAUCGAGUAUAAUCUACUCAAGAGCUACAAAGACCACCUGGAAGUCCUGGACAUUCACCGAACCGACCAGGGCAACUACCCCACCUGUAUGGUCUGGUACCCGCCACUUACCAAGGAGCAGUUCCUGCUCAUUUGCAACAGUGGCUACAAAGUGAAGCUUUUUAAUUCAACCACAAAAAUGUGCAGAAAGACACUCCUCGGGCCAGUUUACGGAUCUCCCAUUGAGCAGAUACAAAUCCUCCCAGUGAAAACCCCUCUGGAACUUCAGAAACGCUACAUGGUGUUUGUUAACAGGGACAAGGUUGGACUUCAGAUCUUACCAGUUGAUGGCAACCCACAUAAGACAUCUGCUCUUAUAUGCCACCCCAGCGGGGUGGCUGGAAUGGACGUUUCCUAUGACGGCCGCUACGCCUUCACAGCAGGAGGGCAGGACCGGACGGUGGUGCAGUGGGAAAUCAAUUUAAGUGCCCUGGAGGCAGCAGUUUCUCUUGGGGGCGAAGACCUGACCCCAUUCUAUGGUCUGGUGUCUGGUGGCAGGGAAGGAAAAUUCUACAGGGAGCUGGAAGACUAUUUUUACUAUUCUCAGCUCCGUAGUCAAGGUAUUGAUACAAUGGAGACUAGAGAGGUGUCGGAACACAUCUGCCUGUCGGAGCUUCCUUUUGUCAUGAGAGCAAUUGGCUUUUACCCAUCGGAAGAGAAGAUUGAAGAUAUGUUUAACGAAAUCAGAUUUAGUGAGUAUGUGGACACUGGAAAACUAAUUGACAAAAUCAACCUACCGGAUUUCUUCAGAGUUUACCUUAAUCACAGGCCACCCUUCGGUAACACCAUGAGUGGCAUCCAGCGGAGCUUUGACAUUCUUGGUUUUACCAAUUCAAAGGGAAAGAAAGCUAUUCGAAGAGAGGAUUUUCUGAAACUGCUUCAAACCAAAGGUGAGCACAUGACGGAAGAGGAGAUGUCUGACUGCUUCGCUACACUGUUCGGACUGAAUCCUGAGGGCUGGAAAUCCGAGCCCACAGCCUCUUCUGUCAAAGGUUCAGAAAUUUGCUUUGAAGAAGAACUUCCAGACGAAAUCACUGCAGAAAUAUUCACGACUCAAAUUCUUGGCCUAACCAUUUCCCAAGAUUCUGGACAAGAUCCUACGGUCAGUGAAGUUGAAAGGAGUGCCUGAAGCACAAAGGACUUUGUGUGUGUGUGUUUCUUCCAAGAGGCACUGCUUUUCCCGCAUUUCCCUACCCCUACUCUAAUCUUCAGAACGUUUAGACAUUAAAAGCAAAUUUCUGUUAAGCAAUGGAAUUCACAAAGUUGGACAUUCCACUGUUUCUGAAAUAGAAAAGUGGGUGGAGGCAAGAAAGACACUGGCAGCUGGAUGGAAAGGGUGGCUGGAGACCCCGGCCGCCAUUCUCAUGCCUAAUCCACGGCAGUGCUGCCUGGAGGGGGUUUGGACAGGGUGAGAAGGUGGCGUGGUCCCCGGGGGCAGAGGGGGCCUGAGCCAGCAGCAGGCCUUCCUCGUGGCAAGUGUGGCCUUAUUUCUAUCCCCUCAAGCGGCACCUGGACCCUUAGCCUAAUGAGGCCUGAUACGGAUCGUCCCAGCCUGCUCUUAGGCUGGGGCGGGGGCGUUGGCUGCUCGGGGCUCCCGAGAGCCCUGGCUUGUGGCUUCUUACCAGCAAAACCCCUGAGCAGUUGUGUGCGGCCGUUAUGAAGAGCAUCACUGGCCAUGCUUAACGCCGGUGGCACCUGCCAGAGAGAAUGCAGAAGAGCAGCCCCGGAGCCCCGUGUGUACUGCAGCUGGACCAGAACCCGCCGGCCGGCCUCCCCGGGGCAGAGCUCAGCGGACGGGAGCCGCCCCCUCACACGGCGCACGCGCUGCACAGGCCCGUGUGGUUGAUCCGCAGCCUUGAACUCCGCUGGGCUGCAGAACGCGUAGCAGGCAGAAGCGGUUCCCCGGCUCGGGAUGUGGAGGGAACGUGACUAAGGCUUCAGCAGCAUUCUGACCUUGAAGAUAGGGCACCCUCGUCAUAUAAACAGAUGGAAGUUAUGGUCUGAUUUUGAGAGUUUUGUCCUCAGUUAUGAGGUCUCGCUCAGGCAAAUGGGCCGAAGGUUAUUCUCCACACGUGCUUAGUCCGACACACCCGCCCGCCACUACCAGCUCCUUCCCCGGGGAAACCAGCCUUUGAGAUGAUGUUUCUGACCCCCAGAGCAGGGGUCCGUGUGAGGGAAGCAGAACGGCGGCCGCCGCGCCCUCCUCCAGGCCCGGAGCCCCCUGCGUGGCGGCCGUUUGGAAACCUGGCUCUGUGGGUCCUUGGGACAGCCCGGGGCACGGAACCGAGCCGUAUCCCCGACCCAGGCUGUGUCACCGCAGCCUUGGGACAGCCGGCGCCCGCUCGUCACGCUGUAUACCUCCAGCGCUUUGCAACCUGGUUUACAUUUGGUUCUUUUUGAAAAACACAAAAAGAAAAACAAGCUUUGUGAAUCAACUUUGCAGCUGCUAAGGGCUUAGGAGAGACAGACUACCAAGCCAGUUACAAAGUUCCCGGGGACAUUUUAGGGAACAGAAAACUCUCAAGUGACUUGUUCUCUUCAAAAAAUAACUCAGAAUUGGAUGCACUCUGGACACCCACCAGGGGCUUCUUUCAUCAGGUCCGGCUCCCUCUUUUUGGUUCUUGUUGACGACAUAUAUUGGAGUCAUUGUCUGGAGCAGAACCGGCCCAUGACCAGUUGGACCCGCGGUGGCGGGGCUGGGGAGCAGGAACCGCCCUCAGGCCCGGGCUGAGCCGCUCCCUCUGCGCUGAGUCGGUCCGGGGAGGGGGAGGGGGAGGGCGGCCGCUCACCGGGAAGGGGGAGGGUCAGGGCGGCCGCUCACCGGGAAGGCCCAAAUAGCAGGGGACUGCAGCAUCGAUGUCAGCGGCGUUCCCACCCUGCUCCCGGCCCAGCCAGGCCACGGGCGCCCCUUCUCUCCCUUUCUGCUGGUGCUUUUCUCGGGGUAUCUCUCAGCUUGUCCGACCAGGGUGAAGAGCAGCUUAUGUGCACCUUCCAGCCCCGGCGGGGCGUCUUCACCUGCUGGCCACGCAAGCUGUGGAGAGGCCGGGCCCCAGCACCCGGGUCCAGGGGAGGAGGAGGAGGGCUGCCUUCCUGCCAAGAGAGCAGAGAGCUCAGACUCUCCCAGCCAUGUGGGUAGCAGAGCAGCGACACCAGAAAUGGAGGGAGCAGAGACCGAAGACGGUCUCGCUGGGCUUGUACAUCAGACGUAGGGACGAGACGCUGGACACCAAAAAGCACCAUGUGAUGUUCUUUUGAAAAAACAAUACUGUUUCAGAUGGGGCCUCUGGCUACCGACCUCUGCAUCCUGGCCUGUUGCUUCCAGAGUUCAGGAGCCCGUGGAAAAGCCAUGGUCGUCCAGGAACCACCCAAAGCCUCCCCCGCCCUUGACUCUCUCCUCCAGACCCCCAGGCCCCUCCUGGGCAGGACGAGUGUCUUGUUUGCACAGCACCAGCCCACGGGCCGGGCCGGCCUGGGCUUGCGUCCUGCCUCUGCCAUUUAGCAGCACCCUGUGUGCCCUUGGGUGUGGCUAAUCUCUUAAACCUCAGUUUCCCCGUGGAACAACUCCUGGGGUGGUGGUGAGGAUUAAAAGAGAUAUUGCAAAUAAAAGUGUUCCUGGCAUAACGUAGUGCUCAAAGUAGGACAGCAGCUAUUAUCACUGCAGGCAGAAACUGUGCCUGAGACUGGGGAAGACGUUUGAUGAGAAUUAAUCUCUCCCGACUCCAGGGUUUUAGCAUCUGUUAACACUUGCUCAAAUAGGGGUCUCUGCAAGCUUUGACAAAGGACCCUUGAUAAAUAUUUGUGGAACGACUGAAUGAAUGAACGUGAAGCUCCAGUGCUCUUUUAAUAGCUGACUUAGCUUUUGAAUCAAAGUGAAUCCGGCCCCCACAGGCCGUCACAUCAGGGUCAGCAGACUCUCUGGAAAGGGCCAGAGGGUAAACAGUGGGGAUCUGUGGGCCGAGUGGGCUGCUGGACGCCUCACCUCGGCCGCUGGAGCACAAACGCAGCCACACAGACUCUGGUCCAGAAAAGAACGAACGUGGCCCCAUUCCAAUCAAACUUUACUUGUGGACGCUGAAACUAAUUUGGAUUUCGUGAGAAUUUCCACAUACCGUGAAAUCUUCUUCUUCUGAGAUUUUUUUCAACCACUCAAAAAUGUGAAAACCAUUCUUAGCUUGCGGACCACACAGACACGGCGGCCCGGAUCUGUCCCGCAGGUUGCAGUUUGCUCCACCUCCUAGGCCAGGAUGACUCUUUCCAACAGAUUUUUACAAAUGCGACGAAUGUGUAAAACACCUGACUAGUACUCUUCAAAAAAGCCCAGGUCAUGACAAACAAGAAAAGACUGAGAAACUGUCCCAGGUCGGAGGAGACUAAGGGGACACGAUGACUAAAUGUGAAGCAGGAUCCUGGGUUUCUGGAACGGAAAAAGGACAUUAGGAAGAACCCGGUGAAACCCAGAGGAAGUCUGUGCCAAACUUAAUUUCUUAGUUUCGAUCAGUGUAUCUUGGUUGCCUAAAAGUGAACACGAGGGAAGCUGGGCGAAGGGUCUGUGUUAA